UUGAGUUGAAAUGCCCUUGGCAUCCCUGCCAAAGCAUUGUGAAGCAAACCUUCUUAUAACAAGUGUGCACUCAGGUUAUUGAUGUUUGAAUUUCUAUUUUGCAAGUAUACUUUAUUAAAAAUGUUUCAAGUAUUUGAUAGUUCAGUGUGGUGUUUUGUUAAAAUAUAAUUUAAAUAUUUCAUUAACGAAAGCUAUAAAGUGAUUACGUAAAUAGUGUGGAAUGGGGUACAGUAUUGAUUGGAUAGUGCCCCAUUUGCGUAAGCCAUCAACGAAACUAUGGGAUAUAGCUAGCUCAUUUACAUUUGUAUGUGUGGGAAUAUUUACUAAAAUUGUGAUAGGGGUUCCUAUUACAGAAUGGCUGAAUCGUACAAAAAUAUACAACAGACAUAUUAUUGACAAUGCUUUGGACCGUCCACCAAAUGUUCCUUUAAUCACAAUAUCAAAUCAUCAUUCAUGUUUCGACGAUCCUGGUCUUUGGGGUACAUUAAAAAUUAAGCAUUUAUUUAGUCGUAAAACGAUGCGAUGGUCGUUAGCAGCGCAUGAUAUAUGUUUUACGAACACAUGGCAUUCGUAUUUUUUUAUGUUAGGCAAAUGCAUACCAGUUGUAAGAGGAGAUGGAGUUUAUCAACAAGCAGUUGAUUUAUGUAUUGAACGAGUGAAAAAAGGUGACUGGUUACAUGUAUUUCCUGAAGGUAAAGUUAAUAUGACCAAAGAAACAAUGCGAUUUAAAUGGGGUAUUGGAAGAAUAAUAUAUGAAUCAGAAGUACCCCCAAUAAUAGUACCAAUUUGGCAUGAAGGUAUGGAUCAAGUGCUUCCAAAUGAACCUCCAUAUGUUUUACGAUUAGGAAAAAAGUUAACAUUUAAUUUUGGUAAACCAUUGGAUUUAACACAUUUGGUUAAAGAAUUACGAGCAAGAAAUGCACCUGAUGUUGAAGCACGAAAAACUAUCACUGAUUAUAUUCAAGAUGAAAUGAUGAAAUUAAAAUAUGAAACAUUAAAACUACACAAGGAUUUCGUUGAAGCAUCUUGACAGUAAAUUUAAUUUUGGUUUAUGAUAGUCGAAACGAUUUGCUUCCAGUUGCACGUGUUUUUUCCAAGCCGCUUUUCUAAGUCGAUCCAUCAUUAAUACAUUCAAAAUAAGUUUAAUCGAUUUUCAAGUCAACUUUUUAUUGAUAUCCAAAUGCGUUUAAAAAUAUUUUAUUCUAAUUUUUUUCCACAAAGUGUUUGAUGUAUGGUUUUAAAAAAAAGACA